CAUUUCAUUUGUAGUCCAUUUAGCCAAGAUUUCAUUUAGUCCCUGGCACUGUCAACAAAUGGGUUAAGGAGUUGUAUAAUUAUUAGCCGAAAUCGUUUGACGGGGACUCUGAUUAAAAAAUGUCUUGGAGCCGGGUACUCCAGACCAGAUGCCUUCUGCUUCUGGUACAUCUGCUCUGUUUUGAGGGAGUGCCCAUCAGUGUGGACAAGACCAAGGUGAACCAGCUGGAGGACAAAACCUCAGAGCCACCACAGAGUGUGGACACUGGACUCCACUAUGACCGUUAUCUCAGGGAAGUAAUUGAUUUUCUAGAAAAAGACCAACAUUUCAGAGAGAAGCUCCAUAACACAGAUAUGGAGGACAUCAAGAUGGGUAAGCUGGCCAAAGAGCUGGACUUUGUCAGCCACCAUGUUAGGACACAACUGGACGAGUUAAAAAGGCAGGAGGUCAGCCGGCUACGGACGCUGAUCAAAGCCAAGCAGGACAUUGAAGGAGGGAAUGAUAUAGCAGUAGACCACCAAGCUCUGCUGAAACAGUUUGAGUACCUGAACCACAUGAAUCCUCAUACUUUUGAGGUUGAGGAUCUGGACCGGCUUAUCAAAUCUGCCACAAGCGAUCUGGAGAACUAUGACAAGGAGCGCCAUGAGGAGUUUAAGAAGUAUGAGAUGACAAAAGAACAUGAGCGGCGAGAACACCUCAAGACACUGGAUGACGAAGGGAGGAAGAAGGAAGAAGAACAUUAUGAGGAGAUGAAGAAGAAACAUGCAGACCAUCCCAAAGUUAACCAUCCAGGCAGCCAGAAUCAGUUCAAAGAGGUGUGGGAGGAAGCUGAUGGUCUUGACCCUGAAGAUUUUGACCCCAAGACAUUUUUCAACCUGCAUGAUUCAAAUGGAGAUGGCUUUUUCGAUGAGCAGGAAUUGGAGGCAUUGUUUACAAAGGAGCUAGAGAAGAUCUAUGAUCCCACCAAUGAGGAGGACGAUAUGGUGGAGAUGGAGGAGGAGCGCCUUCGUAUGAGAGAGCACGUCAUGAAUGAGGUGGACACCAAUAAAGACAGACUUGUGUCCUUGGAAGAGUUCUUGGUUGCCACAAAGAAAAAGGAAUUCCUGGAACCAGAUAGUUGGGAGACACUAGAGCAAAACCAGGCCUACACUGAUGAGGAAAUGUUGGAGUUUGAGGAACACCUGGCCCAGCAGGAAGAGGACCUUAACCAGAGAGCAUCUGACCUCCAGAAACAGAGGGAUGAGUUGGAGAGACAGCAGGAGCAGCUCAAUGCACAGAAAGUAGAGCUUCAGCAGGCAGUAGAACACAUGGAACGGUUGAAAACCCAGAAAGUUGAGCCGCCUUCAGAGGUUCUUGUUGCAGGUAAUGCUAUUCCAGAACCACAAGGAGAGAACCAUCCUUUGCCCCCAGGCCACCAAGAUAUGUCCCAAAACCACCCAGGUAUGAAGCAAGACAACUACCUCCAGAACCAGAUACCUCACAACACCCAGGAUUUGUCUCAACAACACCUCCCGGAUCUGCCGCAAGGACACCAGGAAGUGCCAUAGGGCCACGAUAACCAGCCCACUCAAACCCAGCUGCCUGAUGACUGUGACUGUAUAGGCUCUAUGAAUCAACAACUCUGGCUCCACGAGUCCUCAUCCACAGAUAUUUACAGUGUUUAUAUACCUCCACUUCACCUUCAGCUAGCCAUGUGGUUCUUUGUAACUGAAAACCAGCGAAAGAAAAAUAGGAUUACAGUAUCUAGGCCCAUUCAUGAAUUUCAAUUAGAGUUUUUGAGGCAAGGAACAAUUUUGUAGUUCAGAUACCAGAGUAUUAUUCAAUUUUUUAUGUUUGGGGGGGGGGGGGGGAUUCUGGUUAUAGUAUUGUGUAUGGCCCCAUACCAAAUUAAUUCCUAUGCACUUGUGUAUAUUACUUACACCAUGUUGUUGGUAUAAGUAAUAUGGUGAAUCUAAACAACAAAAAGUCUCCCAAAUUUGUGAUUAAUCUUGCCUCAACAAUGUAUCCUGAUGCAUUCAAGUUCAGAGGCAACCAACCUAACAUCAAAACGUUUCUAGAGUGCAGUGUGAAAAAGAAGCCCUAUCCAAGAAACCUUGUGCAGCCUUCUGCAGGUCACCUGGGUAAUCUAAUUUCUGGCCACAAUGAUGCAGCUGUAAGGUGAGGCAUUGACUGAAACCACUAUGACAGUGCUGCCCAAAGGGUAAUAUGGGGACUCUUACCCCUAGCCUGUCCAAAUGCAAGGUGGAAUGAUUACCAGUUGUGUACACCUGACAAACCCUCUCAUAUCUUCAAACGUGUUUAGGGUUUCAGAUGGGUUUGAUGGCUUGGGCUGAGGUUAUCUAGGGAUUGGUCAUCAUUUCUUUACUUCAAAUCCUAAAUUUGGGUGGAAUGGUUUUGGUAUUGUGAGUAUCUAGAGACUGUAUGUUAGAACAUUGUUUGAGUUUGAUUUAGGGGUGUGUGAUAUGGCAAUGUGGUCUAAUAAUUUGCCGGCUACUCCAUCUGGCCAAUAUUUCCUUUAAGAUAACAUUGCAAAAAGCCCUGAUAAUUGAGCAUUAUGAAGACCGCUGUGGAAUGGAUCAGAAUAUGGACUAUGGAUAGUUUUGGGAAUGUAUGUUAAUUCCUGUGUUACGUGGCAUCAGCUUGGACUUGAUAUCUUCACAUCUGGUUACAGCAGUGUAUGCUUAUGUUGGCUAGUCAUGCAAAGCCUGAGUGGAUUUCAGUAUUAUUUAUCAGUAUAAGGCUUUUGUUGCAUCUAUAUUCUAGCCAAUUCACCAGAUUUGUGAAUUCUACGCAAAUGUAAGAAUCAUAUUUUUCUCUAUGGACAUUACGUCUGGUUUUAAAGUUUGUGCUUGAAUUAAGGCUACUGUUUAUAAUGAUCUGCAGGUCUGUUGGCACAAAGCUAUGGCCGGGGCCAGUACGGGUAUUUAUACUGUACAUGCACAUUAAAUGACAAUGAGGUCUAUAUUUUUUAGCUGGGAUGUAAACAAAAAAUUUUUAGUUUUUAAUUUGUUAUGUGCUAUUCUCAUGAACCAUCCAGAACUACACCAUAUUUUCAUUGUUUGCACAAACUAUUGUACAUUUUUGGUUUGCCAAUUGCACAGGACAGGUAAUGAUAAUAUAAAGUGGUGAUUACUUUUU